UGAUGGAGCCAAACAAUUGCAGAUAAACCACCUGUUUGUUAACAAACGUAACCUCACUGUAAUCGCCAUUAAUAUUUCCACUACACACUCUGCUUGCUGGCUGCCGUACCGAGUACAUGGUGCGAGAUACCAACAGGCUGUAGAUAACGAUGAUACCGAUGAAGUAUAUCUGUAAUGAGUAGACGUAACAUAAUACACCACGCCACGACCAUUGUAACAUAGGACAGAAUGGAAUUGUAGGAGAAAAACAUUGGGGAAACAGGGAAACAUUUUUUGUCCAUUUUGGGAGUUCGACACAGCUGGGUUUUAAGAUACGAAUGUAUUUUACUCUUUCAACUUCCUGCAUCCUUUAAAUUUUCAUAUUUUUUUUAUUAUGUCCUCCUGGUUACAACGGCAAAAUGUGGUUACGUCCCAAUGUCACACCUCCCGGAAAAUAGACAGAUGUGAAUUUACAAUUAGGAUAAACAUGUGCAGCUUUGCUUCAUGCUGAAGACGGACUAAUGAACCAGUCAAGAGAAAGGCGCGCGUAAGGGAGAAAUGUCAAAAAUGUAUUGAUUUUCCUCCACACACGCACAAAUCUCGCUCCGACAAUGGACAGACCUGCGCAGUACAAACCUAUCUGGUCCGCUACCACUGUUAGUGUGCAUACCAAGCAACCAACCAUCGAGUCACAAUGACGAACGACCCAUAGUUAGUUGUGGCAACCCAAACAGUAUUUCAGAUAAAUUCUCAACACAGACAAUAGUAAAGGAAAAUAAAUUUUCCCUAAAAAAAAACACAGAAGAAAAACCAAAGAAAAUUUAGAAUAUUUUCCCAUGUAAAAUUAAAUAAAUUUAAGAAGAAAACAAUUAAAGCAAAGUAAACGAAAAUUGUGCUGGCGAUGAUUUAAGAAAAGGACACAAUUGAAAACUUCAAUUAGAAAAGGAAAAAGGAAGUUGUUAAACCUUGAAUUUCCAAAAAGUGGGUACAUUUUUUCUACAAGUUGAGUCAUACUUACUGCAAAGCAAACAUAUGUGACAUUCAGCGGAGCAGAAGGAUAAAUAUACACACACCAGUGGCAGCAGCAGUACCAUCCAAGCAAUUGAAAAAUGCAGAAAAUUCAAAUCAAGUUGGACAAAAUGCUGAAUUGAAAUUUAAAGACGACGACGAAAUAUAAGUUUUACUCCGAUAAACAAAUUCGCAAAGAAAAUUACUGUGGUUUGUGUGUGUGUAAUACAUAGACACACAAACACAAACAAGAGACAGGAACAAUAGCAUCGGCAGCAGUAUGGAGGACCUGUUUCUAUUGAUAAUAAAAGAGUCGACGGGAACAAAGCACAAUGCCCUGCGACAAACUGCACAAAUUGCCUAUGACAAAUUAUAUCGCCAACAUGGCAUACACAGGGAUCCAUCACAUGAACUGCGUUCGGUGUGCUUUACAGCCCUACAAAUGGCUCUGGAUACCAAACGUCCAAAGUUUGUGACAAUGGGUCUAAAUGGAUUGCAUAGAAUAAUCAAAGAUGAACGAUUCUACAUUGGACUGGAACCGGAAGAUGAUUCCGUUUGGUUACCCUCACAACUGCUAAGAGCAACAUCCGGCAUCUUACCCACAAACAAUAACGAGGACACUGUCGUCAAUGUGUUGCGGCUAUUCCUGGCAAUGGCAUGUUCCCCCGCAUGCACCCUGAAUGGCAGGCUAUUAAUUGAAAUUCUAUCGCGCUGUGGCGAAUGUUGGGAACUGGGUUCGAGGGCAAUAAAAGCAGCCUCACUGGCAGCAGCAUCCCAAUGUCUGAGAACAUUUUGCACAUUCCUCAUCGAAGAGGCCGAGGAUGUAAAGAAAACUGCACCAGCUGGACUGAUGACCCAGACACAGGCCACGGCUGUGUACAACGAAGUAAUACCCGUAAUGCAAUGGCUCUGCAGUCGUUUGGUCGAGCCAAAUGUGAACAAUUCGCCCAACAAGAAAGUGGAGAACACCUGCACCUUGUAUUUGACUGAAUGUAUUUUGACGCUGACAUCAUCGUUGCCGCGUAAUGUCUAUGCCAAUCCGCAUUUUACUUCGUUUUUAUGGCAGAAGUUUUGUCCAACACUGGCAGCGGCCUUGGGUUCACCGGGUCGAGUGAAUCUGGAUAAGAAAUUUACCUACAAGGAUGCUCUUCACAUUAUAGAGAACGAGGCCAGGGGUUUCUUUACGGGACCUGGCCUGGAUGGUGCCCAGGCCCGUUGUGUUUAUCUCACGGGUAUACAACUGCUGCGCAUUGCCGGUUCCCAUGGCUCGUUAAGACCCAUGUUGGAGGCCUUGUUUCAUCGCAUGUUACUCUUGCCCACACCGCAAAAUCGCACCGAACCUCUGAAGUGUGUUAGGGAAAUCUUUAAAAGUCCCGAACGAUUAAUCGAUCUAGCUGUUAUUCUAUAUGCCGACAAAACAACUCCCACGGGAUGUAGCGACGAGAUGGCUCUGUUCAGAUUGAUGAUUGAUGCCAUGGAAGAGUGUGCCUAUGGCACUGGCAGCGGCAAUGGGACUGGGUUUGUUGUUGAGGCCAGCCUUCAGGCCAGUGUUGAGUGCAUGGUGGCGUUGUUGCAAAGUCUGCAGGUAUUGUGCACCGGCGAAAUCAACGAGACAAUUAUUAGCGAUCAAAUUGUCAAUGUGGUCAACGGUCGCUACGGCCAGUUGAAAGAUGCCGAUUAUACGGGGCCGCUGACCUAUCAAUCGAUGGCCCGCUUGCCACCCUCGUAUCGCGAUGCUGUGGUCGAAUUUCGCCAGAGUGUUUAUGAAGCCUCGUCGGGGUCGGAAAGUGAUGGCGACCAACAUGUGGAAAAUGAUGUGGUCUCAAAUGGUUCGGGCGAUACCGAAGGGCCCGAAGAGGAGGAACAUUCCACCUCGAGCGAUGAAGCUUCGCGGGGUGAAUUGAAUCGUUGGCCGUACACGAACUUGGAGGUGCCCGUGUUUCCCAUACGUUCCGAUGUGGAUGCCGACCGGCAACAUGCACGUGACUUUGCCAAGGCGUUGUGUGUCGAUUUGGUGCCCAAGCUGGCCAGGCUCAGAUCGUGCAUUGAGGUCGAUGAGGCAAUGCAAGAGUUUGCCUCGGCAGUGUGUCAGGAGAACAGUGCAAAUAUUUCCGACUUUGACUACAACUUCACCAUCAUCAAUGCCGAUGGCAUAUACUUGGCAAUUUACUCAGCCCUGCUGCUCAGCUGGCAGCUCAAGAAGGCCGGCUACUAUGCCGAUAUGCAGAAGGAGAUCAUGAUACCCACGUCGGAGCAACAGUUUGUAACUUCGGUCCAGAAUACUGGAGUCCUUGUCUACCUGUCGUCGGCUUGGCUCUGCGAACUCUAUCAGAGCGUUUUGGUGUCCAAUCUGCUGGAGUCAUUGGAUAGGAACGAUCAAGAUUCACGCUGUGCCUUGAUUGAUAUGCUAUGCGAUGCCGGAGGUCUGGGUCCCACACAAAUGAUGUGCGAAUGGCAACGCCUGCAAACGGCCAAUGUCAAAUACACCGAUGAUGAACAGUCCAGUGCCCGUCGUGAGGCUGCCAAGAAACUAAGCAGACGCUUGCUCACCUGCUGCUGGGAUUCCAUGGUGAUGGUCUUGAGUUCGGGUCUGGGCGACUUGCCCAGCUCCAGUUCAAGUAAAUUUGUGGCACUCUCGAAGAGGACAUUACGUGUGAAGAGUAAAAGUACCAAGUCCAAUGGAGAGGCUUUGUAUGCCAUGUGUCUGGAUGGUUUGCAUUCGGCAGCUACUUUAAGCAAUAACUUGAACUUGCAACAUUUGGCUGGAAAAAUCCUAAAUUUAUUGGCAUCAAAUGUUUGCCAGACCACCGGACCACGUAUUUCCGCCAGCCAGGCAAUGUCAAUGGAUGUGGUGCUCAGCGGUGGCCUGAACUUGGGUUCCUAUAGUCCCGAUUGUUGGCAGUCCAUAUUUGCGGUGUGCCGACAUGUCAGCCAGCUGGAACAUGAAAUGUUUAGCAUGAGAAAUCCUUCGGUUCCCUCCUCCUCCUCGCCGAAUGCCAAUCGAGACAUAGAGACCGGAGAAAAGUUGCAGUGCAAUGGCGGGCCAAAUGACAAACUCAAUUUGGCCUCCAUACCCAUUGAUGAUGAUGAGACGUGCGUUGAUGUCUACAGCUUCCUGCAAGCCCCUCUGCAGAGUCCCAACACAAAUAUCACCUCCAUUCUGAAAGUGUAUUCGGGCACCAAUGAAACGGUGCUGCUGAGUCCAAAUGACACCACAAAGGUUUUGUGCGGCCUGUCGCACCAGGCCGAGAAUUUGUUCAGCGAUGCUGCAGAACGUCUGAGUCUGCCUUCGCUGUGUCAAUUUCUCAAGAACUUGUGUCGAGCUUCCCGGGAACAGCUGUACAAGAAUACUGCGGCUCGUAAAGGUGGCAGUCGCGUUUGGUGGCCCAGUAAGGGAUGGCGCAAACAUGACUCUCUGCCCAUGUCCUUGCUAUUGCAUCGUAUUGGAGAUGUUACCCUGAAAGUGUUUCGCAGCCCCAGGCCGUUGUUGCACAUUCUGAAGGUGUGGGCCAUAACGGGACCCCAUCUAAUGGACACAGCCUGUCAUCGCGAUAGGGUGAUAUCGAAACGAGCCAUUGAGUACAUACACGACAUAGUGACGGCCCUGUUGGUGGAACAAUCAGAGUUGCCAUAUUUUCAUUUCAAUGAAGCCCUGCUAAAGCCAUUUGAGAAUCUACUCAGCAUGGACAAUUGUGAUUCGGAUGUACAGGAUCAAAUUGUGGCAUGCCUCUAUGAAAUUGUGGAGGCCCAUCGCACCGAAAUCCGUUCCGGCUGGCGUCCACUUUUCGGCACGCUACGCAAUGCACGCUCCCGGAUGCUAAGCACCAGUAACAUAAUCGAUAUUUUCCGGGUGUUUUUGGACUCGGAUAAUACCUUGGUCUUUGCCAAUGCUGGCUUGGAUUGUAUUUUGUGUUUGCUCUCCUUCCUGGAAGUGCCAGGCAGUGGAAAUGGCAACAGCAGCAGCACCAAUAGCAAUGGCAACGGAAGCAGCAAUGCCACCGACAUCAGUGAGGAAACCAACUUUAGACCAACCGAGUUUCUGCACGAAACCCUACGCUUCCUGGAGCGUUGCUCCUCCAUACUGGGCUUCAUGUACAACAUGCCCAAGUGUCCGAAUUUCCACUCGACCUACAAGAUUAAGGGCAUCUCCUACACACACAUCAUCGAUGCCAACAUUCCCAAUUCCAUGGAGAACUUCACCUACUUCGGCAACGACUAUUUGCAGACCAAGAAUGAGCAGCACAUGAUCUCCUAUCGAUCGCUGCACAUUGACAAGGAGAACAUUGUAAAGAUUGAUGAAAUGGACAAGCCGUCCGGUGUGCUGAAGGUGUGGUUCCUGCUGCUGGAUGGUCUAACCAACUCGCUCAUUGUGUGUCCCUAUUCACACCAGGCCCCGAUUCUGCAGACCAUUUUCAAACACUUCAAGAAUCUGCUAAGCAAUCCUGGCAUAGAAUUCGGUUUCUACUGCAUCAAUCACCUGCUGAUACCCAUGAUCCAGGACUGGCUGAGAUACAUCAACAAGACGGGCACCUCCUGGCAGCUGGUUGAGAAGAACUUUAAGCAUUGCUGUUGCAUGACCACAGAUCUGGUGGUGGACUUCAUAAAAAUGUCCGUGCCCGAGGUACAGAAACAAGCAUCCAACACCCGGACAAGGGUGACACAAAUUGUCCAGCCCAGUGACAAUUCAUAUUCGAAACUCAAAUUUGUCACAGAGCCUUUGGAGGAUAGGAAUCAUGCGCAAACGGACUAUAACAAUUCGACGACAAACGAUGAAAGCUCCUCCUCCAACUCGGAGACCAAAGAGUCGCUGACAAAGGUAUCAAAUUCGGCCACGCUGGCCCUGAAGCAAUUGUUGCUCGUGCUCAUCGAAUGUGCUGCCCAGGUGCAGGAAACUGUGGCACGGGUAGGUGUUUCAUGCCUCAAACACGUCAUACUCUCCACCGGCACCCUCUUCAAUGAAUACCAAUGGAUGAUUGCCUGUUCGGCCAUACACAGAGCCUGCACCGUGACCAUAGCUCCGUUGAGACAGCUCUCCUUUGCUUUCCAUGAAAAGUCCAACAGCUUUUACGGGGACUGUGCCAAUGUCAAGGUGGCCGCCAGACGUGACAGUACCGUGGAAGAAUUGACUCGUAUCUACUCAUUGGCUCAACAGGUCUUUUUGUCGGACAAUCAAAGGGAACCGGCAUCGGCGAAACCCAGUAGCCAUCUGGACAAACAUUUAACCGAUGACCGCAGCUACUCCUUCCUACUCUAUCCUCAGAACAAUGGCUUCAAUUCGAAUUUGGACAACUUUGUCAUACGGAUACCCUUCAAGACACUGGUGGUGGGCCUGUUGGCCAAUCAAAUGCUACUGCAACUGGUGGCCAAGUUGCUGCUGUCCCGUCUGAAAUGUGUUCCUCAGGCCGUGUCCACGUGUAUUUUCGACAACUACACCACGGCCAGCCAACAGACCUAUGACUAUGACCUGGACUUUCGCUCAAAAGAAAUAUUACUACGUUGCUGUCUGCAGUUCCUAACGAGCGCUUUGGAGUUUGACUCGCGACCCGGCCUGAAAUUCCUAAUGCAGAAGGUGGCCAACAUUGAGUACGCCGCCAAUUUGUACAAACAAAUGACCUCCUCCUGGAUGAUUUACUACAUUGCUCUGGUCGAUUCCUAUCUAAAUGACAUUGUUAUCUACAACUUGGGACCGGAGGAUCUGAACUUCAUACUGGAAUCGUGUUCCAGGCUCAACACCACCAAAGUCAAGAAAAAGGAGAACUUUGUGCGCUACCUAUUCUGCCUGCAGGAUGCAUGGAAUUUGGUUUGUGAGCUGUAUCUGAGCAAUUCGACACUGCAUGACAUUGAGAAUGGACGUCUGCGCAACUCCGAUACAGAACUGAAACAUUUGGCAUCUGGGUCCAGCAGCAGACCCAUCAAGUCCAUGUGCAUAACAAUAAAUGGCAACUUUGAGAAUGGCAACGGCUCGAGUUUUUCCGAGACCACAGACUAUUCGCCGAACAAAUUCAAUCAAAUAGCCGAGGAGGAGAGCAUUACCAUGACCACAUUAAUCAGUGAAUUCCAGCCGAAGAGUCGCAACAAUCCGUUCGACACGAAUCGUCCACAAAAAGCCGAAACAGAAUCGAUUUCUCCGGAAAUUGAACAGCAACGGGCCACCAGUAUCCUCAAGGACUCCAACUACAAAAGGGCAGCCCUCGCCCAACUGGUUGUGGCCUCAAUGGAGCUGUUGCGCUCACUGCCCGCAGAGGCGGAGAGCAACCUACGUCUGCUGAUGACACCAACAAUACGGGAGGCCUUCCGUCUGGUCCAGUUACAGGGUAACGAACUAAAAGUUAAUCAAUUUUAGGUUUUGUUUGUUGAGUUUUAUUUUGAUUUGUAAGUAAGAGCCGUAAGCACCGAACCCGUGUUGGCGACCGACAUUCGGUGCCAAGGCUGUGCUUUUUGAUGACAAUUGUAAAGAGUUUAUCUGCAAGUCCUCUGACCUCUAACCUCAAAUCCCUAUGACGAUAAGUGAAAAAGAAAAAAAAGCUAAAGCAUUCCCCCUGCUCCACUCCGGUUUUUUUACAAAAAUUACAUGUCAUUUGUCAUCAGCCGUUAAAAGAAAAAUGGAAAAACCAAAAGAAAAUAUCUACUAUCUCUGCAAUUCCCUCCAUAUACCCCCACCAUAUUUUACACGAUGUUACCAAAAAAGACAAAAUUUAAAAUAACACAAAUUAUUGGAAUUAAUUUCAAGUGGCUCGGUGUGGUAAAGAGUAAUUUUUUAUUGAGGCGAUUCUUGUUAUUGUUAUACCCUCAACCACACGGCUACAGAGGGUAUAAAUCAUUUGAUACGGCCAAAACGUGUCUCAUCGAAAUAACGGUUUUAGACACUAGGUAUCAUGGAUCAAAUCCGUUUCAGGACAUUUGGGGUCGAUCUAGCAUCGUAUUGGAGUCAAUUGUACAUCGUAAUAUUAUUGUCAAACUUACAUCGACUUCGGAGGUGGUUAAUAUCGGUCCUCUUCUUCCGCUACCUCCGCCACAAAAUGUCAUUAUUUUCAAAGAAAAUAAUUUACUGCACAGACAGGGAAAGGAUAAUCCGAUUUUGUUCCAACUUUGCAAACCCUAGUAUUUGCAUCACUGCUAGGUCGGGUUCAAAAAUUGACAAUAUCGGUCCACUCCAUCAAGUACCUCCCCCACAAAGGGUCAAAAUUUGUAAUAAUUAUAAGUCUUAUAAAAUGUGAUGCAAGAGUCCGAUUGUCUUCAAAUUACACACAUCACAAUAUUUUGGAUAAUCCAAGGUCUGGUGUGAAUAUGGAAUAUAUCGGUCGACUCCUUCUUGAAGCUCCCCCACAAAGGGUCAAAAUUUUGAAUAAUCAUUACGAUCAUAAAAUCCAAAAUAAGCUCCCGUUUCUGUUCAAAUUAUAAAUAUCACAAUCUUUUUAUUAAACCAAGGUCUGGUGUGAAAAUGGGAUAUAUCGGUCCACUCCUUCAAGUACCUCCCCCACAAAGGAUCAACAUUUUGAAUAUUCAUGUAGCUCAUAAAACACGAAAUUUACUUCCGAUUACAUACAGACUUAGUACAUCUCAAUAUUUCCAUAAGCACAAGAUCUGUUAUAAAUAUGGUAGAGAUCGGACCAUGCCUUCUGGUACCUCCCCCACAAAGGGUCAAAGUUUUGAAUGACCAUAACGAUCAUAAAAUUCGAAAUAAGCAUUCGGUUCUUUUUAAAUUACGCAGAUCAAAAUAUUUUUAUUAACCCAAGGUGUGGUAUGAAGAUGGGAUAUAUCGGUCCACUCCUUCAAGUACCUCCCCCACAAAAGUUCAAACUUUUUAGUAGCCAUGAAGCUCAUAAAACGUGAAAUUAACAUCCGAUUCCAUUCAGACUUGGUCCAUCUCAAUAUUUCCAUCAACAUUUUAAAUAUGUUAUAAAGAUGGUAGAGAUCGCACCAUUUCUUCUCCCAAAUAGGGUUUAAGAUUUUGAAAAAUAAAACGCUCAAAUAAAUCGAAAUCAGCAUCCAACUCUCUUAAAAUUUCACACAUCCAAAGAUAUGUUGUGAAGAACCCUGGUACUGCGAACUCGUUCUGAUACCUCCACACAUAGGGUCACAAUUUUCAAUACUUUUAUCUGUCAAAACAAGCCAGCAAUUCUUUACAACUUAAUAUAUCUAAAUAUUUCUAAAUUAAAAUGGGAUAUAAAUGUUCGAUUUUGUUGUAAUUUUGUCCAUACCAAUAUUUUUAAUCUGUAUUAGAUGAAGUAUGAAAAUGGAAAUCACGCACAUUUCAACGUUUUCUAAAAAUUAUCACAUAUCUCAUACAAAGGAAGUAGUCGAUAUAGUCCAAAUCUGGCACGUCGCAAUAUAUAUAUAUAUCAUAUUUAUUUAGGUCCGAUACGAAAUGGACAAUAUUGGCCCAUUCUUUCGGAACUUACUCCAUAGAGGGUCAACGAUUCAAAAAAUGACUGACACUUCUUAACUUAUGUUAACUUUUCCAGACUAUAAAAAUUCAAGACUAUAAAAAUUUCCAUUACCAGGGUCUAAAUUCUCAUUCUUUGAUAGGUUGCAAUGAAACGUCCUUUCUCCUUUUUUUAUAUCCAUACAACGUAACGUGUUUUAUUUAUUAAUUACGAACAAUACAAUAACUUUCAUAACCUCACUUUUGGAGUUGCUCUCACUAAAGAUUUACUUUCUCUCACAACCCGUGUCACAUUGCAACUUUAUGCAUAGGAACUUAGUUUAAUUUGCUGUAACAUCGUGUUAUUCGCGCAUAAUAAUAUUUAUACAUAUAUAAAAUACAUACAACAUAUACAUACAUAUUACAUAUAUACAAUAAAUACUAAUGCAUAAAUACAAAUUAUAACUACUACUAUUAUAUAUACAGUACGGAACGAUUGAUUGCAACAACAAGAACUACUACUGUAUACAUAAAAAUCAUAGCCGCCCAUUACCGCCUAAAAUUAGACUAUUUUUUUAAAAAAGUACUAUUUAUCAUGAUUAUUGUCAUACGGUCAUUAUUAUUAUUAUUAUCAUUAAUAAUACUAUUUAUUAUUGGCUUUCAAAAAGCAUUUCUAUAUACCUACAUACAUACAUGUGUUUCUGUUAUUAUCUUUGGAUAUGUGCGUAUCCAAAAUACAUAUAUACAUAUACUAAGUACAUACAUACAAACAGUGUAUGUAAGAGUGUACAACAACAAACUAAUCGUACUCCAUAAUUGUACCUAUCUACAUAAAUAAAUACAUAUGCUACUUACCAUGAUCAAUCACAUCAAAUUACAUAACAUUACCGCUUUCAUCGCAAAUUGAACGCUCUCUCUCUCUCUAUUUUUAUCGAUAUCAGCUAAUAUCUGCCUCUUAUCACAAACAUGCUGCAAACAUACGACGACGACAUACAUAUUUACUCUCAGUAUUAAAUUAUCAUUCAUUCUGUAACUCUCUCUCUGUAACUCAUUCUUUGAGUUGAUUCCCGUUCCAAAAAAAACUAAUAACAAUAAAUGUGUAAACACAAUAUGUAAAAUGUUCUCUCUCUAAAUCUUAUUCUCUCUCUGACUGUUUUGGAUGAAAUAAUUGGAAGAAAAGUCACUCAAAGUAAAAACUCAACAGCAACAACAGAUAUCAACAAUUACCGUUAACAAAAAGAAACAAAAAAAGCAAGAACAACCAACAUUUAUUAAUUCUAUUGCACCAGUAACAACAAAAACAACAACAAUAGCAUAGUUCACGAUUCAAUGCUCGUUAGGUGUCAAAAAUAAAAAAACAUCAUCCUUUGUGACUCAUUGUCCCUUCGGUCAUUCCAUUGCCCAUUGUUAAGUGAUACUCCCGGUUUCUAUUGCUCUAAUCCAGUCCAGCAAUGAGUCCUGAACUUCGCUAAUGUGUUUUGCUAUGUCUACAUGAGUGUUGGUGUGUAUUUUUAUCAUAAAAUUUAGCUCAGAAAUCGUAAGUCCAAUAAGAACUAGACACUAACAAAAAUAUUUUAAACAAAACUUUUUAGACACAAAUGAAAUUGAAAGAUCGAACUAGACUCCUCCGAUCGAAUGGGUUUAAAACUGUAAGACCUUAUUAAGUAUAACAAUUAAAAAACCAGCUAAUCGCCGGUCCGAACUUUUUAUACCCUCCACUAUUUGGAAGAAACUUAAAUUAAAAAAAAAAUCGACGAAAAAUGCCGCUCAAAUGAAAUCCGUUAUAUGGGGGCUAUACGAAGACGUAUAGCCGAAAUUUGAAACAAUUCCGGUAAAUAACGUCGCAAAAAUCAUCAAAAAUUGAGAGGAACCGUUAUAUAGGGGAUAUAUGAUAUCGUGGACCUAUAUAGACAAUUCUCUUCCAGGGGGUAAUGUACUCACAAGAACAAAAGAUUGAUCUGUGUAAAAUUUUUGCUUCCAAUCUAUAUUCGUUUUGACUCUAGCGUGAUUACAACAGACGGAAUCGUCCCAGCAUUUUAUGGUGAUCAAGAAUGUAUACACUUUGUUCUGCCUACAAUUAUUAUUUCGAUGAGUUACAAACGGAAUGACGAUCUUAAUAUACCCUCCAUAGUAUGUAUGGUGUUGGGUAUAAAAAUGUUCGGAAUCAUCCACGUUUUGGUUUAGCCCUCAUUAUGUGGUUCCUUCCGAUAUUAGCUAUUUUCCCCGUGUUUUCAAACGAAAUUGCCUAUAAUUUGGUCCCGUUUUGGGGAAGCCCUCAUUUUACAGUACCAUCCUAUUUCAGGCAUUAAUCCACAUGUUGUGUUUCGAGCCGAAAAUCAGAAUUAUGAGGGUUUUAAAAACAGUUUAUAGUCGUAUUGAUAUUUAGGUCUAUUAGAACGCAAUUAAAUCCUUGUAGUUAUUCGAAUAUUUCCGAAUAUAUUUUGGCUUGUUCGAACUUAAAGCAUAUUCACCAUGUUUUAAAUUUCAAAGUCUUAUGGUAAAGGAGAGUUAACGUAGUUAUAAACAAUAAGAAUAUUGAAAUAUAGACGGCGUUAAAUGUUGGUAGAACAUGUAAUUUUACGAUCUUUCCCGUCGGAAUGAUAUCAUUUGUCAGUAAACCACCUAUGAUCUUACUUGGUUUUUUGCGAUUACUGAUAUAAAUUAUAAAAAAAAACACCAACGCUCGUAUAUAGAUAUAUAAAAAUUAUUAUUUACCUUUUAUAAAAAAAAAGUCAAAACAAAAUUAAGACAUUAUAUUUUUUGAAAAAUGAUGGCAUGUCUAUUCCUCGAGUACGACAAUCCUUACUAAGUGGUUAACACAUAACAAAUAUACAAUGUAACUCUCUCCCGGUCAUAAAAGAUAAUUAAAAAACAACAAAAUUAGAUGAAUAAAUUUCUACUUUAGAACUGAGUACUAUAACUAUAAGUAUAGCUUCAGAAUAUGUUUAGAAAAAAAGAAACUUAUUUUAGAUAAUUGUAAUGAUUGACGACUGGGAGCGUGUACGGUUAACCACGAAUGCACACCUAUUUACAAAUUAACACACACACACAAAUACACUCAGCAGGGUGUCUCAAUCUUAAUUUCCCCCCUAUACAGAUUCCUAUUUUAACUCUUCAACCUAGUAGAGAGAAUAUCUAUCCAUAUUUACACUUUAUUUCAAUUCAGUACUAAUUCCAAUCUAGACAAGGAGACCGCAGCCAGAUUUUUGAUACUCUUUCUACUGAUAGGUAUCAGUAAUCUAUUAUAUUACAUACCCAGUAAUUCGAAAUAGGUUAAGCCAGGGUCGACCAGCAUGAGAACAGACGUCCUUGAGAACGUAUGGGAGAAUUGAGAACGUAUGAGAGAAUUAAGCCCAGCAAGCAUUUUUAGGUGAGUUUAAUCUUCCUCUCUUCAAUGCGUCCUUUGUUAUUAUACCCUACACCUCAAAGUGGUCAGGGUAUUAUGUCUUUGAGCAUUUGCUUGUAACAUGAAAAAGUCCGAAUGUCCGUCCGUCUGUCUAUGUAUUCUUGUGAACAAAAUGCAGGUCGCAUUUAUUAUCCCAUUGAGAUGACAUUUUCCAAACAAUAUUUGUUUGAUCCAAGGACGAACCCUAUUGAAAUUGGUGAUCAUCGGAUCAGAUUUUGAUAUAGCUCCCAUAUAUCUUCAACCGACUUUGGGUUAAUUGUGCACCAUAUUACCCAUAUGAGUCAAAAUGACCUGGAUUUUAGUACAUCCGACCGAAUUCGCUCUAGAAGCAAGUACAACAAACUUGGAGAAAAUCAGUACAGAUAUAGCUAUAGCUCCUAUAUAUGUUUCAUCCGAUUUGGGGUCUAAAAUCCCUCACAAGCGUAAUAUACAUUCCACAAGAAUGAUCUUUGGUACCAGAUAUCAGAUUUGAAUAUAGCUCUCAUAUAUAUCUUCAACCGAUUUCCGGUUAAUUUUGUAACAAAUGGCCAAUAUCUGCAAAAAACUCCUGAAUUUUGGCACAACCGACCGAAUUCAGUCUAGAAGCAAAUACAUCGAAUUCGGAGAAAAUCGGUUCCGAUAUAGCCAUAGCUACCAUAUAUGGGGUUCGUCCGAUUUGGUGUUUAUGUCCUUCACAUUCGUAAUAUGCAUUCGACACUCACUCCUGAAUUUUUGGCACAACCGACCGAAUUCAGUCUAGAAAAUACAGGAGAGAAACACUUCCGAUAUAGCUAUAGCACCCAUACAUAGGUUUCGUCCGAUUUGAUGUUUAAGUCCCUUACAUUCGUAAUAUGCAUUCGACAACAAUGAUAUUUGGUACCAGAUAUCAGAUACAGCCCAGAAAUACCUCUACCAAAUUUUAUCAAGAUCGGUUCAAAUUUAGAUAUAGCUCCCAUACAUAUCUUCAACCGAUUUCGGGUUAAUUGUGCACCAAAUGGCAAAUAUCUGUCAAAAUGUCCUGAAUUUUGGUACAUCUGACCUACUUUAUCUAAUCUGAUAAGAUUGUUAUAUCGUUUUCCAUCUUCAAAUCACUUUUUGGAUUCUGAUUUGAUAAAAAAAAAUGCUUGCAGGGAAGAUACCAAUUAAAUAAAAAAUCAAAACAUUUCUUCUCUCUGUAAUACUAACCAUGCGAAACACGGGUUAUGUGCAUGUGUAUAGCCGAAAAACUUUGUCACCAAUGAAAACCUCUUGUUCGACCCCGAAUUUAGAUAGAAGUAUUUACGUCGCUCUUCGAUGGACGAUUUAUCUACUGUAAACAGGAGUAAAUAUACAGACACAUGAAAUGGGAACUUAUGUAUAUUGCUAUUCGUUGAAGGUCUCAAAGCUAUAUUCAAAGAUCAUGCACAAAUGUAUACAUUCUCUGGCAUAUUUUCUACAAUUCUUCCCCCAAGGAUACUGAAUAUGACACCCACACAACACAAACACACACACAUAUAUACCACAAGGUGUAAUCCUUUUGAAAUUAAAAACAAAAAGAAUCAACCUUCGAUUGAUCUUAGACGGGUUAAUGUAGAUCUCUCUAAAUCUCGGUCUAUCUCUCUUGUCUCGAAUUGAGGACAACCAAAAGUAAAACACAAACUAAUUUACAUGUAAGUGAUAGAAUUUAGAAAAUGAGCUGUAAGCUGGAAAUUAUAACCUACAAAUUAAAAAAAUAAAAGAAAAACAGAAAUAAAGAAGAGAACAGCAAAACAACAACAGACAUCCAAAACAUUCGGGAUAAUGCGAAACAAAAAAAAAAAAAAAAUGGAAAUCAACAAUGUUUUGGUGUAGAAAUAUUCUUCUUCUACUUCUCCUUUUUGUUACUUUAUCUGCGAGAUGAAAAGUAAACUAAUUAAAACGGAACUAUUUAUUCGAAUUCGACUUGAAUAUGUGUAUGUGAAUAAUGAAUGGGAAAAAUGAUGAAUUAGCGUAAACGGAAAACAAAACAAAAAACUGAAAAACCGAAAAAACAAACAGUAUCUCUAUUAACUAAUAAUUAUCUUUACUAAUAAUGAAAUAUUUAUUUAUAUGUAUAUGUAUACAAAAAAACAACAACAAAAAAAAAGAAAAAAAAAAACAAAACAAGAAAUGAUAAUAAAUAAUAAAACCGAACAACAACAA